UCUCGACGCGGCAGCGAUACUCUAGUGUCGCGUGACACGCGUGCGACCGACACGUGUACGACGAGAAUCAUGGGUGAGAUACGUGCCGUGCUGUGCCCGCGCCGACGACAGGUGCCCCUUCUGGUAGUGACCACUCUGUUGGUGGGCGUGCGUACGGAGCUAGUCGAUCCUAAAUUUAAAGAGCCAAUAACCAAUGUAACUGCACCGGUGGGAAGAGAAGCCAUCCUGUCCUGCGUUGUUCAAGAACUCGCCGGAUAUAAGGUGGCAUGGUUACGUGUCGAUACGCAGACUAUUUUGACGAUAGCGAGCCACGUGAUCACGAAGAAUCACAGGAUCGCGGUUUCUCACAGCGACCACCGUACGUGGUUUCUUCACAUACGAGAAGUACGGGAGUCCGAUCGAGGCUGGUACAUGUGUCAGAUAAAUACGGAUCCUAUGAAGAGUCAGAUCGGUUAUCUCGAAGUGGUCGUGCCGCCCGACAUCCUGGACUAUGAUACCAGCACGGACAUGGUGGUGAUGGAGGGGCGGAACGUGACCCUGCGUUGCGCCGCGACCGGCUCCCCGGCGCCUAACAUCACCUGGCGACGCGAGGACGGUCAGCAAAUUCACCUCGCGGACGGGAGCGAAGUUUUGAGCGUGGAUGGUUCAAACUUUAAUAUUACAAAAGUUAACCGGCUGCAUAUGGGUUCCUAUUUAUGCAUCGCAUCCAAUGGCGUGCCACCCUCCGUCAGUAAAAGAAUAAUGCUUACUGUGCAUUUUCCGCCAAUGAUUUGGGUUCAAAAUCAGUUAGUAGGCGCUCGCGAAGGUCAGAAGCUGACCCUCGAAUGUUCCUCAGAAGCAUUUCCGAAAUCUAUCAAUUAUUGGACCAGAGAUCUGGACAAGAUUGUGCCGCAAGGAGGAAAAUACGAGCCAGUGCUGAAAGAUAACGCGUACAAAAUACACAUGAAACUGACGAUAAACUCUGUCAGUCCAACGGAUUACGGCUCGUACAAAUGUGUCUCCAGAAAUUCGCUGGGCGACACUGACGGCAGCAUUAAAGUCUAUCCAAUAUUGAACUCCACUUCCAAUGACAGCAACACCAAGCACAAAGGUAAACCAAAACAUAAUUCAGGAAACGAUAUCCUGGGGGGAAAUCAAGAUAUGCUAAAAGAUCCAGAUCUGAACCUACGAGGUCGUAAGGAGAACAAUGGCGACGUAACGGACUAUGGAUCCAGCGCCAACAGCAAUGGCAGCUCGUUACUCUUGAUGAUUCUCGUCGCGCUGUGCCUCUGCCUCCAUCAUCAUCCGCAAAUGCGUACGCUGCAUCCUGCCUGAAAUCUAUCAGCAACGGCAUUGCACGCCAUCACGCGCGUACUUCGAUCAUCGAACCAUGUGACUUUGUACAUCCACUUGUAAAUCCAUCGCUCAGGGACUUCAGUCGAGGAUGAAUAUCGUCGAGGACUGCGUUGACCACACUACACUUUAAAUUUAAACGAUAAGAUAAUAAUACUGUAAGUAGCAUUAGUGGCGGCUCCGCUAGUGCGGAGCUCGCUAAGGGAGGAUUACGACUUAAGGGAUGGUCAUUGCGGACAAUUUCGGGUCUGGAGUUCGGUGCGCAAAUCUUAUGUGGCCGAAAUCAUGUUGCAACGUUGGGAAACGCCUACUCUUUAUUUAUGGGAAUUUGUGAAUUAGCAACCGCAGAGGUAACUGAAUAAUCUGUAAAUUUUAAACAUUAUAACA